AUGAAGCGCUCGUCGGAAGCAUUCGAGCCAGAAAGUGGCCGUGAAAAGGUCCCUCGUCGCCAAGAGCCAGUGUCGUGUGUUUUCUGCCGCAAGAAGAAGCUGAAAUGUGACCGUGGGGGGCCCUGUUCAAACUGUCGGGCACGGAAACUCGAAUGCUCCUCAGCAUCAAGUGGAGCAGGAGAGUCGAGCCAAGGCCAGAAAUCCUUCGAGAGCCCGCAACCAGCUGCAUCAGGUCAGAAUAUCGAUGAAUUGAAUAAUCGCAUCAAGAAGUUGGAAUCACUUCUUAUAGCUAAAACGACUGAGAGUCCGCCUCAGACCCUCAGUGUGAACAAGCGGACUGCUUCCGCGGCGUCGAAAGAUGAGCCUCGAGGCGAUCUUGAACUUUCGAAAACACUCUCUUUCAUAGAGACAGAUGCCUAUGAACAUGCCCCAACAACAUCUGAAGAACAACUCUCGUCAGAUGCCAAGGUUGCGGAAAGCUUCGGGUCAUUUAUAUUCGCUCUCACGAGACCGCGAAGUCCUCCAGCAUUCACCCAACAUCUUCCAUCAAUGCUGCCAACUCGCAUUCAAGGCCAAAUCCUUCUGGACUACUACAUCGAUCACGUCAAUUGGAUAUAUCAGAUUAUUCAUGUGCCGACUGUGCAGAAAAUCUUUGACAUCGUAUAUACCCACGCCGAGCAGAACACAGUUCCCCAAUACGGAUAUGUGGCCCUCAUCGCUACCAUCUUUGCUCUUAGUGCUUACUUCUCUUCUCCUCAAUCAAACUUAUACUUCCACCACAGUGAAGCGAAACGAUUCUCCUAUCGAUGGGUUUCGCUUGCACAGGAUGCUCUCGCCGCAUCCAAUUGUCUCUCGGUGCCAACCAUAGAAGCACUGCAGAGUUUGAUCCUUAUAUCUCAGCAUCUCAUGCCAAACAUUGGUGCUAUAGCCACCCUGAGAACCCUUGCUGCUACCUCUAUGUACACAGCUCGUGCGAUGGGACUGCACAAGAUCGAUUCGCCUGCGAACAAGGCUCGUCGACAGAAUACAGAAGUCGAUUGGGUCGAUAUUGAAGUGAAAAGGAGAAUAUGGUGGCACCUUGCUUCAACAGACUGGUUGCUGUCAUUCAUGAGUGGCGCCCAGUGUGGCACCUAUAUGAUCCACCCCAAGCAGAUGAAUGUCGACCACCCCUCCAAUGUUGACGAUACUGAGAUCAACGCUCGUGGUGACUAUGCUAGACCCAUGGAGUUUGCAACUGACAUGACAUAUUUCAUAUUCAGAGUGAAAUUCGCAACAGUAUUUGGCGAAAUGGUAGAUGCAGCAUGGGAGGCAGGGUCAGACAUGGACGAGCUACCUUUCGAGCUCGUUUUAGAAUUCGACAAGAAGCUCAACACUCUCCUUGCAGACUUCGAUAGAAAAUUCGAAGUCGUGAAACAUAAUUAUCCUCCAGGUACAAACGACAGCUCAGCUGGACAGAAGCUUGCGCGCCUCAGCAAGCAACGUACCAUGGCUCGAAACAUGGCGCAUUUUGGAAUCCACACUCGAAUAUCCCGCCUGCAUCGUCCAUACCUCGUUCGCGGUGCCCAAGAUCCACGUUACGCAUACAGCAGAAUGGUCUGCCUACGCUCAGCACGAACCGUCAUCGAGCUAGGCAAGAAAAUGACAACCCAAGUCCAAGAUCUUGCAUCCAUCAAGAUCUGGUCUGUCAACCACCACGUAUUCGUCUCAACUGUCAUCUUAGUAAUGGAUUAUUGCUUCAAUCGCGACGAACCCCGCGCAAAAGAACGAAAGGAAGAGAUCCUAGAAUGUUUCCGGAUCCUCGAGAGUAGUCGAGAAGAUAGCACGAUCGCGACCCGAGGCCUGCAAAAGCUGCGCAUCAUGCUCCGAGAAAAAGCCAGCGGUGACGCCUCCUCAGGCGAUGAAUCCACAGGCUCGAAAGCAUCAUUUAGCAAACAACAACGAGAUAGCCCAACUUCUUUUGCACCACCAAACCAAUUCCAACAAGCUCCCUCGACGAUGUACCAGAGUACACCAGUCUCGGGCAGCGAGAUGAAUCAGCUGCCCUCACAGUGGCAGUGGGAUUUGGGGUCUCUGGAUUUCGAUGUUGAUUAUAGUCAGUUUGAAGCCCUGUUUCAGAAUAUUGAUAAUAGUCGAGAGAUGUUUUAG